UGGUUCCCCCCCCCCCCCAAUCCUUCAGGGUCCUCGGGGCGGAGCAUGGCCGGCCACCUCCUAUUUCCGCUGGUGGACGCGGAGGUGCGCGCUAGUUUCGGGUCGGGAGGCUGCCAAGAUAAUUUGCAUCUCCCCGUGAAUCUCCCACCUUUUCUCGGACUGUACUUUGUUUGAAGAAUUCUACCAUGAGUCUCCAGUGGGCAGCUGUGGCUACUUUCCUCUACGCUGAGGUCAUCUUGGUCUUUCUGCUGUGCAUUCCCUUUAUCUCGGCAACAAGAUGGCAGAAAAUCUUCAAGUCCCGCUUGGUGCGCAUGCUGGUGACUUACGGGAACACUUUCUUCGUUGUGCUGAUUGUUAUCCUUGUCUUGCUGUUUCUGGAUGCCAUUCGGGAGAUCCGGAAAUACGACGACGUGACUGAGAAAGUGAAUCUGCAGAACAACCCUGGCGCUGUGGAGCACUUUCACAUGAAGCUUUUCCGAGCACAGCGCAACCUCUACAUUGCUGGCUUCGCACUGCUGAUGUCGUUCCUGCUGAGACGUCUGGUCACGCUCAUCUCCCAGCACGCCACCGCCCUGGCCUCCAACGAGGCUUUCAAGAAGCAGGCCGAAAGCGCCAGCGACGCAGCCAAGAAAUACAUGGAGGAGAACGACAAGCUAAAAAAGGAGAUGAAGUUGGCUGGAGGGGAUGCUGGAGAUCCGAAUGCGAAAGGCGCUGGAACUCAGGAAGAGAACAAAGCUCUGGAGGCCGAAGUCAAGAAGCUGAAGGAUGAACUGUCUUCCUCAAAGAGAGCUUUGGAGAAGGCUGAAAGUGAGGCGUUGGCGAUGCGCAAACAGGCGGAUGGGCUGACCAAAGAGUACGACCGGCUGCUGGAUGAACACGCUAAGCUCCAGGCUGCCUGCGAUGGGCCCAAGGACAAGAAGGAAGAGUGAUGGCCGUGGCUACCUCCUGCCUAGUCGUUUUCCCUCUGUUAGCUGAGUUGCUUCUUGUUCAUUCUUCCCCACUCCCUGCUUAGAAGUCCCCAGUGAAACUCCUCUCACUCUGGACAUUGGUUGGGGAGGGGAGUGCUCACUCUUCAUCCUGGCCCUGGCCCCGGCCCCGACACACUAGCUUUUGAGGGGGGUGGUCCUCUGCAUCCCCCAGCCUUCCUCUUCCUUCCCAAUGCUAGCUGUGAGCUUACCAGCAUGGAAUUGGGGUACGACUGCAUCCAGGGAUUUUUCUCCCCUCUAGUAAAGGAGGUGGGGGAGGCAAGACCCUCCUUUGUUGAGGCAGGAGGAGGAGGCAGGACCCGUAGGAGGUGAAGCCUGUUGGCUGUUCCUCAAGAUCUUGCUCCCCUCUCCCCAGCUCCCCUUUUUUUCUUUCCCUCCUCCCUCUUCCGGCCCCACUUUGGAUAGUUCGCUGUUCCCUUUGGAGCUUUAUGGGAGCGUGAAAAGGCUUGUUACUUAGUGUGCCUGGCCAGUGCGUAGGGAAAAAGAUCUGCUAAUAUAACCACACCUCUCUAUGAAUUCUUUAUAUAUAUAUAUACACUUAAAAGACAAGGUGUUUGUGCAAACUGACUCAAUAAAGAAGAAUCUCUGGAACAAAA